AGGACUUGCGCGACAACCAAGAGAGAGCAAACCACAAUGUUUUCCAUGUGCAAGCAGACGCACGCCGCGACGGCGCUGGAGUUUUCGAUAGCGUGUCGCUUCUUCAACAACCUGGAGGAGAACCUGGUGGUGGCGGGCGCCAAUGUGCUGAAGGUCUACCGCAUAGCUCCCAACGUGGAGGCGGGCCAGCGCCAGAAGCUGAAUCCCAGCGAGAUGCGGCUGGCUCCGAAGAUGCGGCUGGAGUGCCUGGCCACGUACAAUCUCUAUGGCAACGUGAUGUCGCUGCAGUGCGUCUCCUUGGCGGGCGCCAUGCGGGAUGCCCUGCUGAUUAGCUUCAAGGACGCCAAGUUGUCCGUUUUGCAGCACGAUCCGGAUACGUAUGCCCUGAAGACCCUGUCGCUUCACUACUUCGAGGAGGACGACAUACGUGGCGGCUGGACGGGCAGGUAUUUCGUGCCCACCGUACGCGUGGAUCCCGAUUCCAGGUGCGCCGUCAUGUUGGUCUACGGCAAGCGACUGGUGGUGCUGCCCUUUCGCAAGGACAAUAGCCUGGACGAGAUCGAGCUGGCGGAUGUGAAGCCCAUUAAGAAGGCGCCCACUGCGAUGGUCAGCAGGACGCCCAUAAUGGCCUCGUAUCUGAUUGCACUGCGGGAUCUGGACGAGAAGAUCGACAAUGUGCUGGAUAUACAGUUCCUGCAUGGCUACUACGAGCCCACGCUGCUCAUCCUCUACGAACCGGUGCGCACUUGUCCCGGAAGGAUCAAGGUGCGCUCGGAUACGUGUGUUUUGGUGGCCAUUUCACUGAACAUCCAGCAGCGAGUGCAUCCUAUUAUUUGGACAGUCAACAGUCUGCCCUUUGACUGUUUGCAGGUUUAUCCCAUUCAGAAGCCCAUUGGUGGCUGCCUGGUGAUGACCGUCAAUGCCGUCAUCUAUCUCAACCAGAGCGUUCCUCCUUAUGGCGUCAGUUUGAACAGCUCAGCGGACAACAGCACUGCCUUUCCCCUAAAACCGCAGGAUGGAGUGCGUAUCUCUUUGGACUGCGCCAACUUUGCUUUUAUUGACGUAGACAAGCUGGUCAUCUCGCUACGCACUGGCGAUCUCUACGUGCUCACCCUCUGCGUUGAUUCGAUGCGAACGGUGAGGAACUUCCAUUUCCACAAGGCAGCCGCCAGUGUGCUGACCAGUUGCAUCUGCGUCCUGCACUCGGAGUACAUCUUUUUGGGAUCUCGUCUGGGUAACUCGCUCCUACUGCACUUUACGGAGGAGGAUCAGAGCACGGUCAUAACUUUGGACGAUGUGGAGCAGCAGGCGGAGCAGCAGCAGCAGCAGCGAAAUGUGGCGGAGGAGGAUCAAAAUCUGGAGGAGAUUUUCGAUGUUGAUCAAAUGGAAAUGGCGCCAACACAAGCCAAAUCCCGUCGCAUUGAGGAUGAGGAACUGGAGGUAUAUGGUCAGGGAGCCAAGGCAUCGGUUCUCCAGCUGCGCAAGUUCGUCUUUGAGGUGUGCGAUAGUCUAAUAAACGUGGCGCCCAUCAAUUACAUGUGCGCCGGUGAAAGAGUGGAGUUCGAAGAGGAUGGAGCCACAUUGCGACCGCAUGCGGAAUCUCUGCAGGAUCUGAAGAUCGAACUGGUUGCCGCCACGGGUCACAGUAAAAACGGAGCUCUUUCCGUCUUCGUAAACUGCAUAAAUCCGCAGAUCAUCACAAGUUUCGAGCUUGACGGUUGCCUCGAUGUGUGGACCGUGUUCGAUGAUGCCACCAAAAAGUCUUCUCGGCACGAUCAACAUGAUUUCAUGUUGCUUUCGCAAAGGAACUCAACCUUGGUUCUGCAAACGGGACAGGAAAUCAACGAGAUUGAAAAUACUGGUUUUACGGUCAACCAACCGACCAUAUUUGUGGGUAAUCUUGGACAGCAGCGGUUUAUUGUUCAGGUCACCACCCGACACGUUAGAUUACUGCAAGGAACUCGUCUGCUUCAGAAUGUGCCCAUCGAUGUGGGCUCUCCAGUUGUCCAGGUGUCCAUAGCAGAUCCCUAUGUUUGCCUGCGGGUGCUAAACGGCCAGGUGAUCACAUUGGCGCUGCGAGAAACACGUGGAACUCCACGAUUGGCUAUUAAUAAGCACACAAUCAGCAGUUCCCCCUCCGUAGUGGCCAUUUCCGCCUACAAAGACCUCUCCGGAUUAUUCACAGUCAAGGGUGAUGAUAUCAAUCUGACAGGGAACUCAAGCAGUGGAUUUGGCCACAGUUUCGGGGGCUACAUGAAGGCGGAGCCCAACAUGAAGGUGGAGGACGAAGAGGAUCUGCUAUACGGCGAUGCGGGAAGUGCUUUCAAGAUGAACAGCAUGGCGGAUUUGGCCAAGCAAUCCAAGCAGAAGAACUCGGACUGGUGGCGACGUCUCCUGGUGCAGGCGAAGCCCAGCUAUUGGCUGGUGGUGGCACGCCAAAGUGGCACCCUGGAGAUCUACUCCAUGCCGGACAUGAAGCUGGUUUAUCUCGUAAACGAUGUGGGCAACGGGGCCGUGGUUCUCACGGAUGCCAUGGAAUUUGUGCCUAUUUCGCUGACCACCCAGGAGAACUCCAAGGCGGGCAUUGUCCAGGCUUGUAUGCCGCAGCACGCCAACUCUCCGCUGCCAUUGGAAUUGAAUAUCAUUGGAUUGGGUCAGAAUGGCGAACGACCUCUGCUGAUGGUGCGAACCCGAGUGGAGCUGCUGAUAUACCAGGUCUUCCGAUAUCCCAAGGGUCAUCUGAAGAUACGCUUCCGCAAGCUGGAGCAACUGAAUCUGCUGGACGAACAGCCGUCGCACAUUGAGUUGGACGAGAACGACGAGCAGGAGGAGAUUGAGUCCUACCAAAUGCAGCCGAAGUAUGUGCAAAAACUGCGUCCUUUUGCUAAUGUAGGAGGACUUUCUGGCAUUAUGGUGUGUGGCGUAAAUCCCUGCUUUGUAUUCCUAACAUCUCGUGGAGAACUUCGUAUACACAGGCUAAUGGGAAACGGAGAUGUGCGCAGCUUUGCUGCGUUUAACAACGUGAAUAUACCCAAUGGUUUCCUGUACUUUGACACCACCUACGAGCUAAAGAUCUCUGUGCUGCCCAGCUACCUCAGUUACGACUCGGCGUGGCCGGUGCGAAAGGUUCCACUGAGGUGCACUCCAAGGCAACUGGUUUACCAUCGCGAAAACCGGGUUUACUGUUUGAUAACGCAAACGGAGGAGCCGAUGACCAAGUACUAUCGGUUUAACGGAGAGGACAAGGAGCUGUCCGAGGAAAGUCGCGGCGAGAGGUUCAUCUACCCCAUUGGUUCGCAAUUUGAAAUGGUUUUAAUAUCACCGGAAACCUGGGAAAUCGUACCAGAUGCUUCGAUUUCCUUUGAGCCCUGGGAGCAUGUAACCGCAUUCAAGAUCGUAAAGUUAUCCUACGAAGGUACUCGUUCGGGUCUCAAGGAAUACCUCUGCAUUGGAACCAACUUUAACUACAGUGAAGAUAUUACCAGCAGAGGAAAUAUUCACAUUUACGACAUCAUCGAGGUGGUUCCUGAGCCCGGCAAACCCAUGACCAAAUUUAAGCUGAAGGAAGUCUUUAAAAAGGAGCAAAAGGGACCCGUUUCGGCCAUUUCGGAUGUGCUGGGCUUUCUGGUCACUGGAUUGGGACAGAAGAUCUAUAUUUGGCAGCUACGCGAUGGAGAUCUCAUUGGAGUGGCUUUCAUAGAUACAAAUAUCUAUGUGCAUCAGAUUAUCACUGUGAAAUCGCUGAUCUUCAUCGCAGAUGUAUACAAAUCUAUAAGUUUGCUGCGCUUCCAGGAGGAGUAUCGCACCUUGUCACUGGCCUCGCGAGAUUUUAAUCCUCUGGAGGUUUAUGGCAUUGAAUUCAUGGUGGACAACUCGAAUCUGGGCUUCCUGGUCACCGAUGCUGAGCGCAAUUUAAUUGUCUACAUGUACCAGCCGGAGGCAAGGGAAUCGCUGGGUGGCCAGAAGCUGCUGCGCAAGGCGGACUAUCACCUGGGACAGGUGGUGAACACCAUGUUCCGUGUGCAGUGCCACCAAAAGGGUCUCCAUCAACGCCAGCCUUUCCUGUACGAAAACAAGCACUUUGUGGUUUAUGGUACCCUGGAUGGAGCUUUGGGAUAUUGCCUGCCGCUUCCGGAGAAAGUCUACAGGAGAUUCCUCAUGUUGCAGAACGUCCUGCUCUCCUACCAGGAUCACCUUUGUGGCCUCAAUCCCAAGGAAUACCGCACUCUCAAAUCGUUUAAGAAACAGGGUAUCAACCCCUCGCGCUGCGUCAUCGAUGGCGAUUUAAUUUGGUCCUACCGCCUGAUGGCCAAUUCGGAACGCAAUGAGGUGGCCAAGAAGAUUGGCACGCGGACGGAGGAGAUCCUGGGCGAUUUGCUGGAAAUCGAACGACUGGCCGGCGUUUUCUAGACAUCCUUUCGCGGCAAAGAUGUAAAGUUUUAGUUGGUAGUUUUAUUUGUAGAUUAUAUGUUACGAGUUUCUCAGUUGUAAUUCUAGUUUUGUAAUCCAAUCGAAGCCACAACAAAGUAUUUUGUUAAGUAAA